AUGGGAUCCGAUCAAGGCUCUUCCCGGUCCACAUUGGAGAUCAAAUCCCUCAUUUACCGGGAAAUCGGCCACCAAAGAGCUGAGAGUUACUUCGACCAGCUCGGAAGAUUCUUCGCCCUGAGGAUCACCAAGUCGGAGUUUGACAAGCUCUGUCUCAAGACCAUCGGUAGGCAAAACAUCCCUCUCCACAACCGUCUAAUACGUUCCAUCGUCAAGAACGCUAGUGUCGCCAAGUCUCCGCCGUCGAGAUAUCCGAAGAAAGGUGGGAACUUUGCGAGAUUCGGCAAUGGGAAUCAAAUCCAGCCGCUUUACGGGGAUUCCGCAUUCUCUCCUUCGACUCGCAAGUGCAGGUCGAGGAAGUUCAGAGACCGGCCGAGCCCACUUGGCCCACUUGGGAAGCCUCAGAGUCUAACCACAACAAACGACGAGUCGAUGAUGUCCAAGGCACAAAGCGCUACCGAAGUGAUUUCUCUAGGGAGUAGACCACCUCCGUUGAAAGUUGCGUCUGUGGAAGAAGGAGAAGAGGUUGAACAAAUGGCGGCAAGUCCUAGUGUGCAGAGCCGGAGCCCUGUUACUGCUCCGCUCGGUGUUUCCAUGAAUCUUAGAGGUGGAUUCAGCAGAAAGUGUGCUUCAAGUGUAUCUCUCUGUAGCAGUAGAAUCAACCGUGAGAGUUCUUGCCAGAGAAACGGUGAGCUACCUGAUACGAGAGCGUUGAGGAAUCGGUUGGAGAGGAGAUUGGAGAUGGAAGGGCUUAAGAUCUCUGUGGACUCUGUUAGUCUUCUCAACAGCGGAUUGGAUGCGUUUAUGAGGAGGCUGAUCGAGCCUUGUCUGAGUUUGGCUAACGCUCGUUGUGGGAAUGAACAAGUGAGAGAGAUGAAUUUUCAUUACCCACAGCAAAGCAGAAGAAGGCUUUCAUAUGUAUCCAUGUCCGAGUUUCGUGCUGGUAUGGAGCUGAAUCCUCAGAUUCUUGGAGAAGAGUGGCCUAUACUUAUGGAGAAGAUAUGUUCUCGUGCUUUAGAGGAAUAA